CCGCUUUUUUCCCCUUCCUUUCUUUUUUUGCAAUGCUGCCAGUUGUCUCUCUUCUUCUUGCAAUGCCACUCAGCUGCAGCUUUGGGCUGGGGAGGCUUUGCUGAGCAGCUGCUGCUCCUGGGCAAAGAUUAAGGGGCACCCCCAAAACAAGAUCAUUUUUAAAAGGGGGUGCAUCCUUUCCCCCCUCUGCCCAGCCAUGGCCCAAAAGGGGUGCCACCACCGCCUCUCUGCAGCUCCCUGGUCCGGGUGCCCCUUUGUUUCCAAAGCUGCUGGCUGGGAUUGGCUGCUGUGACACCUUCUCCUCCUCCUCCUCUUGCCUCCUCCUCUUUUGCAGAGAAACCGGUGCUAAGGCUGGGGUCCUGGGGGUCUCUCCAACCCCCCCCCCAUCUUUGCACAAAAAGGGGGCAAGGAAAAACCCCUUCCAGGCUCCUUCUCUUCUUGGCAAGCCCUUGGCAGGAGAAGCAUCUCCCUUCCUUGCCCUCCUUUGGGCAGAAGCCAUGCAUUCCUGCGGAGCCUGAAGAGCCAGAGACAGAGUAAAAUGCUUCACAUCAGAGGAGAGGUCGGCUGUUGGAUUCUGCUGGGGUAUCUCCUCCUGCCCAUAUCGGUUCUGGGUUCCCAGGACAACGGGAAGGUGAUCCACAUCAACAAGGUCCACCACCAGCCGCUGCGCGUCGGCUUGGCGGAACCCGUGGCCUUGCCCUGCCUUUUCCUCUUGCAGCCAUCCACUCGCCUCAACCCCAAUGAACCUGCCGACCCACCACGCAUCAAGUGGAGCAAAGUCCAGUCGGCCUCCGGUCAGCCAGAGGACAUCUCCGUCCUGGUGGCCAAGGACAAUGUGGUGAAGGUCUCCAAGGGCUACGAAGGACGGAUCUCCCUCCCCGGUUAUCCACACCGCCGCUACAACGCCACUUUGUUGCUCUCGGCAGCCCGGGCCAGCGAUGCCGGCCUUUAUCGGUGCGAAGUGGUUGCUGGCAUCCAUGAUGAACAAGACCUGGUGCCAUUGGAGGUCACAGGGGUGGUUUUCCACUACCGAGCCGCCAGCAAUCGCUACGCUUUGACUUUCCCAGAAGCUAAGCAGGCUUGCGAGGAGAAUUCGGCAGUCAUCGCAUCCCCUGCCCACCUUCAAGUGGCCUUUGAGGAUGGUUACGACAACUGCGACGCCGGAUGGCUCUCUGACCGCACCGUCAGAUACCCCAUCACCCUUUCGAGGCCCGGAUGCUAUGGGGAUCGGAACAGCCUCCCGGGUGUCCGGAGUUACGGUGAGAGGGACGCCGGGGAAGCGUAUGAUGUCUACUGUUACGCCAAAGAGCUGCAAGGAAAAGUCUUCUAUGCCUCCAGCCCCGGACGAAUGACGUUUCCAAUGGCCCAAAAGUACUGCCUGAGUCGAGGUGCCCAGUUGGCAACCACUGGGCAGCUACACCUCGCCUGGCGAGAAGGGCUGGACCAAUGCGACCCCGGAUGGCUCGCCGACGGAAGCGUCCGUUACCCGAUCCAAAUCCCACGGAAGAAGUGCGGAGGAGACGAACCCGGAGUGAGGACUUCCUAUCAGUUCCUAAACCGGACGGGCUUCCCCAAUCCGGCAUCAAAGUUUGACGCCUACUGCUACAAAGCCCGGCAACCAGGCCGGAAACCAAGCGGUCCAUCCUUCGGGGAAAGUCCGAAGCCUAUGGUCCGUGUGGAUCAGGAUUCAGAAGGAAGCCACGAUUCAGGGCUUGAAAACAUCUUGGUGGAACACGACUCCGAUCUCCCAUUGCUGACCCAGAAUGAGCUGUUCCCAAAGGAGACCGACGAGUCCAUCAUUUCUGGAGAUUCGAAAGAGUUCCCCAAAGAACCCUAUAGCCCUUUAAGCAAGGCGGGAGUCCCACUUCUGGAAGAAGAUGAGCAGCUCCAGUUGGUAACGGCUUUCCCUGCCGGGAAGGAAAUGUGGGAGGAGAAGACAGUGACACCAAAAGACAAGGGGGAUAUGGACACAUCUCCACAACCAUCUGAUGCCUCCUUACCAGCUUCGUCAAGUGACCAACAUGAGGUCAGUACAGUUGACCAGAUGCCAAUGGUUCCAACAACGAGUUAUGAUGCAGGCGAGACAGCUGAAGAAUCAACCAGUGUGGGCCCAACACAAGGGACAUCUACUUUGGUAGAUCAUGCUCAAGAAGACCUAACACUUGCAGAGGUGACGGAUGUGAUCUAUCCAACCUGGCCGCAGGGGACCACUCACAGGUUGGUGCCACAAGAGGCGGCAUCACCAAGCUUCCCAGAGCCAUCCCAGACUCACAUUCCUAAGAGGCCUCCUAUGACUCCAACCUCAGCUCUUGAUCCAACUGCUCAAAGGGAUUGGCCUGCCACAACGGCACAGACCCCAGCAUUCACCGGCAUCCCCGAAUCUACACGGAGGAGCAUUUACUCAGGACUAAACGGCCGUUAUUUCCAGCGACGUCAGGAGGAAGAUGCAGGCACAGAGGAGGAGGUGGAAGGAAGCACCACCUUGCCCACCUCAAUGCCUGUCCUGGCGCUGGCGGUGCACAGGAUCAUGGACAACGCCAUCGAGACUUCGGCCAGAGAGGAUCCCAGCUCCACCGCAGCCCUGAGAAGUGACCCGAGCUAUGCACUGUCUAAUGAAGUGGAAGGGAACCGGUUACUGGCAUCUGAGAGCCAAGGCCACCAAGAGAUGGCUUUCGCACCUCCUGCCACCUCAAGCAUUGAGGAAAACAGCCAAGGAGACCAGACCACAUCUGUGCCGGAAAACCAGGAGUAUCCCAGCCUCAAAGAGCAUCCUCACUCAUCGUCUUUAGCUCCAGCCAAUGGGUUGCUUUGGCCUCCUGAUGUUACCACGACAACCGGAAGGGAUGUGGAAGAUACCCCUCUGGGUACCAGCAUCCGAGGGGACUACCCUCAAGGGAUGACACCAGCCCAGGAGAACGAUGACGGCUUCUCUGGCCAUGCGGACGUUACUCCGACAAUACCCUCCGAAGUGUCCUUUGAACCUGAGCAACAGAGGAGCAAACUUCAUGUCAGUGAUGAAUCGAGUGGCGAGGUUGAAUACGAUUCUCAAGAAACUCAGGACAAGACGGUAAGAUUUGCUGAGGAGCUUCCAGGGCCUAGCGUUGAGGCCCAACAAAACAUGUCCCAGGUUGCUCCAGGAGCUCCCCAUUCAACUGAACAGCAGAUGGAGAUGAGCGUCCACAAGAUGGCAGCUGAGGACUCCAUCUUGAAACAGAGCCACCAACAUUCAGAGGAGCUGGCGGAGUUGAAGGGGCAUGAAGCCAUCACCUUAUCGAGUGAAGAGGUCUCUUCUGUGACACCAGGCCAUGCUUACCCAGAAAUGGCUCGCCUCCUGUCCAUGGAAACUAGUGUGGGAAUGACAGAAAGUCUCAGCCAAGGUGACAAAAUGGAUGCCAUGACUGAACCCAACAUGACGGCCAUUCCCACAUCAGUGGACGGCUCUGCGUUCACUGAAGUCUUAGACCCAUCUGAGCCGCAAGGUGUCUGGGAGGUGGUGACUCAGGGCAUGGAAGCCCACCUUGAAGCCAACACAGGUGACCAAAGCAACCAAGAAGAGGCCACCGUCCCUGAAGCUGUCAACGCAUCAGGAGGUGGCCUUGGUGAUCUAAGAGAAGAAACCACACCAGGACCUUCCAACCACAGCACAACCGAUCAAGUUACUUCUCUCUGGCCCUUUCCAGUCAAGGCAGAGGAACAAGACAAAGAAGAAGAAGAACCAAUGUUAUGGAGUUCACCUUUGACUUUGACGUUGGAACCUCCACAACAUCAACAAUGGUCCACAGAUCUGGAUGCUCUCUUGCCCCCCACUUUCCAGCCCUCCAUCUCUUCCAGUAAAGGAGUGACAGAAAGAGAAGGAGAGAACGAAGGCUACUUCCCCACAUCUCCAGGAGGGUUUCUCCCAAUGGAUCCCGACAGCGGAAGCGGAGAAGAGAGAGCUGACACGUCGGUGGUCAAAGAGGCAGAAGGUCCGACGUGGAACGAGGAGGCCAACAUCACCUUAACUGCUGAAGCGGAUCCUUGUGACAACGAUCCCUGUCUCCACGGUGGGACCUGCCAGUCCAGCGGAAAUAUCUCCACCUGCAACUGUCUGCGGGGCUUUACAGGAGAGAACUGCGAAAUAGAUAUUGAUGACUGCUUGUCCAGCCCCUGCCAGAACGGUGGCACCUGCAUUGAUGAAAUCAACUCCUUUGUCUGCCUGUGUCUGCCCAGCUACGGCGGGAGCCUGUGUGAUCGAGACACCGAGGGCUGUGACCACAACUGGCACAAAUUCCAGGGCCACUGUUACCGCUAUUUUGCACACCGGCGUUCCUGGGAAGAUGCAGAGCGGGAUUGCCGACGUCGCUCAGGCCACCUGACCAGCAUCCAUUCCUGGGAGGAGCACAAUUUCAUUAACAGCUUUGGACACGAGAAUACCUGGAUCGGUCUCAAUGACCGUAUUGUGGAGCAAGAUUUUCAGUGGACAGACAACACAGGUCUGCAAUAUGAGAACUGGCGAGAAAACCAGCCGGACAAUUUCUUUGCGGGCGGCGAGGACUGCGUGGUGCUUGUGUCGCACGAGACGGGGAAGUGGAACGACGUUCCAUGCAACUACAACCUGCCAUACGUCUGCAAAAAGGAUACAGUGCUGUGCGGUCCUCCUCCCUCGGUGGAAAAUGCCUUCCCCAUCGGCAAGAAGAAAGAGAAGUACAGCGUCCACUCGACGGUUCGCUAUCAGUGCGAGGAAGGCUUCAUGCAGCGGCACCUGCCCACCAUCAAGUGCCACGUCAACGGGACGUGGGACCGGCCUAGAAUCCUCUGCACAAAACCCAGAAGGUCCCACAGAACCCGGCGGCACCACCGUCGUCAGCACCACCCGCAUCACCAGCACCACCGCCACAAAUCCCGCAAGGACCGGAGGAAACACCAGAAGCAGCAACAACAGCAGCAUCCGAAGGCGGACUGGACAGAGGAGGACGGCAAUUACUUUUAACGACAGGCCUGAGCAAAAGCACAAGUCCCCACAUCCCCUUCCCAGCCUCCCCUUGGACCCCUUGGUAUUCCUUUGGCCCACCUGGGAUGUAAUCGGUUUGCGUGUGUGAUGGGGAGGGGGAAUGUCGAUGCCUUCUCUCUCCUCCCUCCUUCCCCACCCCUCUAAAAAAAUUUUUUACUUCCCUUUUCUGCUCCAGGGCCCAGCGUGGGCAUGGCACAGAUGUGCAUCAAUGCAAAAUUGUUAUGCGCAUGCACAGGUUUCUUUGCAUCUUUGCAAAGAAAGGGUCUGGCUCCCAUUACGGCCAUGUUUGCCCAUGUCCCAGCUAUAUCUGUCCAAAUGUGAGGCUGGGAUGCAAAAUCCCAUCUACCUAUUACUCUCAUGCCAGGAGAUAUUUAAGAGUGCAUCUACAUGGUAGAAAUAGUGCACUUUGAUACCACUUCAACUGCCAUGGCUCCAUCCUACAGAAUCCCGGGGCUUUGUAGUUUGGUGAGGCACUAGCACUCUUCGGCAGAGAAGGCCAAAGUAGAACGACAAAUCCCAGGAUUCCAUAGGAUGCAGCGACAUCACUUAAAGUAGCGUAGAACUGCAUCCUAUCAAUAGUGUAGAUGCACCCUCAGUCUUCCUGGUCUGAGUGCGAGAAUGGCAAUAGUGGUAGCAAACUGGCACACACCACCUUGCAAAAAAAAAUGUUGGCUCUUUCUAGAGUCCCCUAGUUCUUUGCAUACUGGCUUCAAGGAGCCCUUGGAGCCAAGACACUAGAAGAAGAGCGGCUUGGAAAAAUCACCUGUUAGAAAAGGCGAUUUCCUAAGCCAGCCCUCUCAUUGUGCCUCGGCUCCAAGAACCCGUGCCAUUCAAGCGAUGGUUUUAGAAAGAGACCCUCUCUGGUCGGAGGUAUGUGCCAAGCGAUCUUUUGUAGCAACAUGGCAGAGUGUUCCAGUGUGCAAGAUCAUUCUCAGCAUUCGUUUUAAAAGGACUACAUUGUGCGAACCUCAAUUAAAACGUCUGCUGAAAAUCUCAGAAGUCUCGAAGACUCAGAGGUCUUAUUCAAGAAUAAGGUUGGGGAGGGGAGAGGGGAUCAACUUGCAGGGUUUUAUUUACCUCUUUGCCCUUCUUCCCCUCCCAUGCUUGGCAAAAGCAGAACGGAUUAUGCAAAGCGGCAAUAGAGCAAACGGUGCCAACACGGGCACCAUUUGCAUCAUGUUGUGCCAGAUGCAAAAAAUACAAACAAACAAAAAAUGAAAAUCAACCCACCAUUUUUUAAAAUCCAAAUUUCCAAUUACCCGAGGUCACUUGUCAGUCAUUGGGAUGUCUCCAGAUGUUUUGGAUUUCAAUUCCAACCAGUCCUGGCGAAAUUGUCAUCCACAAUAUCUGGACCUACCCAGGUCCACAUAGAAUAUGGUCAAGUAGAGACGGAAAGAUAUUUUAGACAUAACCACUCCCAGGUUGUAAAAAUGAGUCAAGAAAUCCAGUUGGGAAGAAUCACAGAUCAGCCAAAAUGUUGUUCCAUUUUCUCCUGAUCUUUGAUGAUGUCCUGAAGUGUUGCAGUGAGAUUUUUCUGUGAUGAAAAGCACAUGGACGGCUUUUUUUAAUGCAAGAAACUUGGGGUGGUGGUGGUAAAUUUUUGAUUCCAAGGAAGAAAUAUUCCUAUCCUUUAACAAAAUGAGUUCACCUAACAGUGGUCUUGCGCCUGGCCACUGGUCAUGCUAACUGGAGCCAAUGGGAGCUAGUCCAACAUCCGGACGACUCUUGUG